AAUUCUUAACUAACAGUAAAAUGUGAUACAUUCUGAUGCAGGUUAAAAAAACAGACCUAGGAAUGGAGAUGUAUGAGAACUUAGGACUAGUGGGAGAGGGUACUUAUGGAUCAGUAAUGAAAUGCAGGCACAGAGAGACAGGACAAAUAGUUGCCAUCAAAAGAUUUCAAGAACGAGAUGAUGACAAACUGGUAAAGAAAAUUGCUGUAAGAGAAAUACGAUUUCUGAAGCAAUUUAGGCAUGAAAAUCUGGUCAACCUUAUCGAAGUGUUCAAGCAAAAGAAACGUUUAUUCUUAGUGUUUGAGUUUGUGGAUCAUACUGUUCUGGAUGAUUUGGAACGGUUUCCAAAUGGACUGGAGAGUAAAAAGCUCAGAAAAUGUCUUAUUCAGGUGUUAAGAGCCACGGAGUACCUUCACAAGAACAAUAUAAUUCAUCGCGAUAUCAAACCUGAGAAUGUCCUGGUCUCAGGGUCUGGUGUUGUUAAACUAUGUGAUUUUGGAUUUGCCCGUUCAUUGGCUGCACCAGGAGAGCCUUACACAGAAUAUGUCGCCACUCGGUGGUACAGAGCUCCAGAGUUAGUAGUUGGUGACACGAAAUAUGGAAAACCUGUAGAUAUUUGGGCAUUUGGAUGCCUGAGUAUUGAAAUGGCAACAGGAAACCCUUACCUGCCAGGAAACUCUGACUUAGAUCAGAUCCACAAGAUAGUGACACAAGUGGGAAAUUUAACACCACGCCUCAAGAGUCUUUUCAGCAAAAAUCCUACAUUUGCCGGGGUAUGUCUACCAGAUGUCCAAAGACCUGAAUCACCAGAAAAAAGACUGUUAAGGUGUAAUCCUUCGUUGACUGUGCUGGUAAAGAAAUGCUUACAAAUGGACCCAGACAAGAGAUCAUCAUGCACUGAGCUGCUGAAAGCUGAAUAUUUCACAGCAGAUGGAUUCUCAGAGAAAUUUAUACCAGAGAUUCAAGCUCAAGUUCUUAAGGAUAUGAAAGACAAUCCACUUUUGGUCAGAAAACGCAAAAACAUCAGCAAAGAAAUUAUAGAAUAUGAAAAAGCGAUGUUAACUGUCAAACAAAGUGCCAAAAAACACGGAAAGGAUGCCACAAAAGACAAGGAACCUAAAAGCAGGAAAUACAAACGUGCAAAUGCAAAAGCAGAAACAACAAAGGCAGAAAAAGUAGAUAAUCCGAAUGUAUGGAAAUCCUCUCUCAUGUGUCAGGAAGCCGUCCAGGGAAAUUCCUCAGAAGGAACAGAAGGGAAGAAUACAAAUUGUAGUAAAACAAAUUCAGCAGUCACUUCUGUCAAGGAUUUGAACAAUAGUGAGGAAGCUUUAAAUUCUGUAACAACAGCCAGCAUCCCUCCAAUUGGCAUGCAUAGUGGAAUGACUACUUCAGCACUUUCCAAUAAAAAUAUCAAUACUGAAACCAAUGAUACCUCAGUAUCAAACUCAAGGGCGCAAGAAAAGGUGAAGGUGAAAGCCAGCCCUUGUAGCAGCCAGGCAGCAGAAAUACUUGUAACUCCAGCCCAAGGUGAGGAUUCUGGUGUUGGCGAGCAAGCUGCACAGACAGAGCAAGAAGUGAAUGGAAAUAAAAAGAAGGCAAAGGUGAUUAAGGCAGGAAAGGGAGAUCUCCAUUUUCCAGAGCUCACAUCAACUGGCCAUCAAGUAGAAGUGAAGGGGCUGGAAGGAAAAUGCAAGAUGCUGAAGAAAGAGUUGAGAAUCCCCUCACUGGUGACUUCAGAACAGGAUCAAACUAGAAGCAGUACCAACCAAAUCUCUGUCAAACACAAAACUGAAACUGAGCUGGAAAAUCUGGCAGCAGCUUACAAGAACCAUGAAAAGCCACUGGAGAUUCACAGAAAGGGAGGAACUCUGCAUGUAGAAUGCAUUGCCCGGGAUAAAAGAUUUCCAUUAUAAUAAAGUCAGUCA